UUUUUCAGUCGAGGAACAAAAGUGCUGGGGCAAAGCAUUGACCUACCUCAAGCUGCUAUGUUCUCUCCUUUGAAAACAUUAAUGUUGCCUUCUGGAACAUUUAAGGGUAAAGUGGCCUUUAUUACUGGUGGAGGCACUGGACUUGGGAAAGGAAUAACAACUGCUCUUUCUUCUCUGGGUGCUGUUUGUAUUAUUGCGAGUAGAAAACAGGAUGUCUUGGAGCAGGCAGCAGAAGAAAUUUCCUCACAAACUGGAAACAAGGUCCAUGCGAUUCAGUGUGAUGUGAGAGACCCAGAUUCAGUAAAGGCUACAGUGCAUCAAAUGUCAAAAGUUGCAGGACUUCCUAAUGUUAUAAUAAAUAAUGCUGCUGGAAACUUCAUCUCGCCCUCAGAACGACUUUCUCCUAAUGCCUGGAGAACAAUCACAGAUAUUGUUCUUAAUGGCACUGCAUAUGUGACCCUGCAAAUUGGAAAAGAAUUAAUUAAAGCAAAACAAGGUGCAGCUUUCCUAUCUAUUACUACCAUCUACGCAGAGAGUGGAUCCGCUUUCGUAGUUCCCAGUGCUUCCGCUAAAGCAGGUGUGGAAGCCAUGAGCAAGUCACUUGCUGCUGAAUGGGGUCGGUAUGGUAUGAGGUUCAAUGUGAUUCAACCAGGACCUAUUAAAACCAAGGGUGCUUUCAGUCGUCUUGAUCCAGCAGGAUUAUUUGAAAAAGGAAUGAUGGAGAAGAUUCCAACAGGCCGUUUUGGCACAGUGGAUGAAAUUGCUAACCUUGCUACCUACCUCUGCAGUGAUUAUGCCAGUUGGGUUUCAGGAGCAGUGAUAAGAUUUGAUGGUGGAGAGUAUGCUUCAUUAGCUGGUGAAUUCAAUGAUCUAAUAAAGGUGACAGAUGAGCAAUGGAAUAUGUUGUCGUCCUUGAUUAGAAAAACUAAGGGCUCCUAACUCGUGACGUUUGGAUCUUAUUGCAAUCAGAAUGUAUGAUUUUUUUAGUGCUGUUUAACUUGCUAAGUUGAUAAUGUGAAAUUGCCCGGACUUAUUUUGAACAUCAUCAUGAUUUUUUAAAAAAUAGAAAAAUAUUAAUAAAUGUUUUCAUUUGAUUUGGAGCCUUAUAUCAUGUCUUUGAAAAGUCUUAAAAGCACUAAACAGGAUUUAUUGCACUAACUGUACUUGUAAGCAAAAACAGUUUUGCUUUAUUACUGGUGAAAUCAUAAUUUGUCAAAUGUACACCUACAAUGUACAUGUAAAUCUUCAAUGGCAACUUCAGUCAACACAAUUUCUUGUUCCCCAAGGGUGUAAACCUAGACCGAAUGUAAUUCAAAUUCUGAAAAUAUACACUUAAUUUUGAAAGGAUAUGGUGGAAAUAAUGUUACAUUAAAUAAGGUUAUGGACUUUGCUUCAACAGCUGAAUCCAUAACAAACAAUUGCUUUACACAUUUAUGCUGUUCCUUCAAUUUCAAAAGGAGCCACAAUUGUUCGCUUCAAUGUAAUUUUCAGGUAUGGCCUUGUCUAAUGAAAAAUAAUCCUUUAUAUAUUUUGAAGUUUGCUUUUAUAUGAUUAAAUAUCAAGCGCUCUGAGACGCUAACCUGCGUGGAGGGCGCUAUAUAAGUGCAAGUUGUUGUUAAAUAUCAAUCUUCCGAUUACUUGCUGUUUGUCUGAGCAAAGUAGGAUUCAAUGUUAUUGAUUAUAAAAUACCAGAUUAUGUGGAUGUAAACCUUCUGCACUAUUUAAUAUUACGUAGACCUCACCACUUAUCGUAACCUUUUUAGGUGUUUUAUUAUCUGGUAUCGGUGGGAAGUGCAGUAAUGUAAAUGCUUAUUAGCCUUAUUUGUUUUUGUAGCAUCUCCCCAUGAUUCCACUUAACAUUUCCUCAAUGCCUUCACCAACAUAUGAAUGAAUAUCCAAGAAGUUCUCUUCGAGCAACACAGGGUAAAAAUCCACCAAAGUUUCAAGUUUGACUUUUUCUUAGCAUUUCUGAAUGUGCAAAUUUUGGACAAUUCGUAAAUUUUAAUUUAAGUUUUAAUUUUGAAGUUAGUUUUCAAAAUUGUUGUUAAAUAAUCUUCAAUUAAGACUAGGACCUCCUGGACUUUCUUCUGCCAGAGAUUGAAUUUUGAAAAAUCAGUUAAUUUUCAUAUUUCAAAUGUAAAUCAUAGAAAUGACACAAAAUGUGUGUACGUUCAGUGUUUUUAUUAAAUCUUCAGGAUUCUCCAACA